AUGACCAGAGUCACCGCUCCUCUAUCAAAGCUCACGCGAUCUCUGACCUCGAGCCCUUCCAUCUCGAGGCCAGCCUAUCUCCACACUGCCUCCAAGGUCGCAGCCUCGACGCUUGCACACUCAGAUGCUGCCGGUGAGGGCAGGAGUAGUGAAUCGGAUUCUGCUCGACGAUCCAUCACUACUACCCACCGACCUGUCGCGCCAGCCGUCCCUUCACCCACCCGCGUGAUCCCCCUCAUGCAGACCUUCAACUUCCAGACCAGCGCCCGCAGCGAGGCGAGGUUAGACACCAGCACCAUCGACUACGCCGUGCUGCCUUCCUCGACGAGCCUGUUCCCCGAGCCCUCGACCGACCCCUUCCUCGACGUGCGCGUGCCCCUGCUGCCGGACAACUACUCGGUCGACCGGACCCGGCUCCUCGGCCACGCCGCCGAGUCGUCGGACGCGCCCCUGGCGGCGCCCCAGAUCUCGGUCGUGGCCGCCAACCCGGACAACGUCCUGCCCGCCGCGCUGACCGAGGUCGAGGGCAUGGGCGUCGACGGCGUCGAGCUCAAGUUUGCGCACGACGCCGAGCCCGCGAGGGCCGAGGACAGCGAGCCGGGCAUGCUGAGGGACCUCUGGAAGGGCCUUGUGGACGACGUCUUUGGCGAGAAGAAACCGAUGCAUGCCUGA